CGGACGCUCGCGCCCUUCCUUCCCUCCCCGCCUCCGAGCCGCGGAGCGCCCUGGCUCUGGGGCCAAUAUGGGAGCCGCCGCGUGGGCAUCGUCGCCCCUACCGCCGCGUGUGUCUCUCCUGCUGCUGCUUCUGCCGUUCCCGGGGCUGCCCGUGGGCUCCUGGGACCCGGCGGGUUACCUGCUCUACUGCCCAUGCAUGGGGCGCUUUGGGAACCAGGCUGAUCAUUUCUUGGGCUCCCUGGCAUUUGCAAAGCUGUUGAACCGCACCCUGGCUGUACCUCCUUGGAUUGAGUACCAGCAUCACAAGCCUCCUUUCACCAAUCUCCAUGUGUCCUACCAGAAGUACUUCAAGCUGGAGCCCCUCCAGGCCUACCAUCGGGUCAUCAGCCUGGAGGACUUCAUGGAGAAGCUGGCACCUACUCACUGGCCCCCUGAGAAGCGGGUGGCAUACUGCUUUGAGGUGGCAGCCCAGCGAAGCCCUGAUAAGAAGACAUGCCCCAUGAAGGAAGGAAACCCCUUUGGCCCAUUUUGGGAUCAGUUUCAUGUGAGUUUCAACAGGUCUGAGCUUUUUGCAGGCAUUUCCUUCAGCGCCUCCUACAAAGAUCAGUGGAUCCAGAGAUUUUCUCCAGAGGAACAUCCAGUGCUUGCCCUGCCAGGGGCCCCGGCCCAGUUCCCUGUCUUGGAGGAGCAUAGGCCGCUCCAAAAGUACAUGGUGUGGUCAGAUGAGAUGGUGAGGACAGGGGAGGCCCAGAUCCGUGCCCACCUCAUCCGACCCUAUGUGGGCAUCCACCUGCGCAUUGGCUCCGACUGGAAGAAUGCGUGCGCCAUGCUGAAGGACGGGACCGCCGGCGCCCACUUCAUGGCCUCCCCGCAGUGCGUGGGCUACAGCCGCCACACCGCCGCCCCGCUCACCAUGACCAUGUGCCUCCCCGACCUGAAGGAAAUCAGGCGCACCCUGAAGCUCUGGGUGACGGCGCUGAACGCCCAGUCGGUCUACAUUGCCACUGACUCUGAGAGUUAUGUACCCGAGAUCCAGCAGCUCUUCAAAGGGAAGGUGAACGUGGUGAGUCUGAAGCCUGAGGUGGCCCAGAUCGACCUGUACAUCCUCGGCCAAGCUGACCACUUUAUUGGCAACUGUGUCUCCUCCUUCACUGCCUUCGUGAAGCGGGAGCGGGACCUCCAGGGGAGGCAGUCCUCCUUCUUCGGCAUGGACAGUCCCCCUCAGCUGCGGGAUGAGUUCUGAUCCUACCUGGAGCAUACCGCCUGUCUGAGUUGUUCCCUCCAGCCAGGCCUGGCAGCCAGAGGUGCUCCCAGGAUUGAUCCCCAAGGAUCAGAGAACAGAAAAAAGUACCAGGGACUUCCUGGAAGAGUAGGAAAACAGUCCAUCUCCCAGGGCACGGGACUUCCAAGCUUCUAGUAGCCAGACCAUCUCCCUUUCUCAUGUGCUCCCUGCUGCUUCUCCUGGGAAUUUCUCACACCAGCAAAGCAGUCCAACAUCUGUCUUUUGGUCUGCCCUGCUCUGAGCAGCCUGGGAUGCUGAACUGUAUUAGGAGAGAUUUUUUUAUAUAUAUAGAGAGAGAUUUUUAUAGUUUUGAUACAAGGUCAUGACUCCCCUAGAACUCUCCCUCAUUUUAAAAAAUCAGUGAAGUUCAUUAACGUAGGUACCUGAAGUGACCUUAACAGAAUGUGGAUAAGGCCAGGGGUGGGUGGGUGUAUUGACCGCUUUUCCAGAUGACCCCCAAAGUGGCCCUCAGACUCAUCCCCACUGCCUGGCCAGAGCCAUUUGUCAGCCCCCCUUUCCUAGGCCAUUGCCAGGGUUUGGGGCACAAACACUCUUCUCCAUUGUACACACUAUGCAAAUAGAAGUUAUCGAUCACAGUGCUGUCAGUACCCCGAAGACGGCUAAGUGCUGCUCCCACAGCGCAUUCCCGGCAAGGAGCACCUGCCGUCAAGCCAGACCAUCAUGGUAUUGCUCUCAAAGUCUCUUGGUAGUUGGUGGCCUGCCACAAACCUGGCACCGUCAGGGUUUCAUAACACCUCACCAGGGCCAGGACUUGCUGGCCUGGCAGGAUGCUUCUGAAGUCUCCUCUUCUGAUCUCAUGUCCCAAGGGGCCUGGUUGUAGAAUUUUGCCAUUAAGCUGCUGUCCAAGGCCUGUCCUCCCAGCCUUCCUCCUGCAGCUGGAGCCCUCAGACUAUAUUCUCACAAGGGAGUGUUCACUAAGCCUCUGACCAGAUCAAAGAUGCUCAGUUCCCAGGAGCCAUUGGAUUCCCAGGUUUUUUUGCCCAUGUCAUCCAGUAUAAUCUCAGCCAAGCCCAUGAGGCUUAAGGUGUUAACAGUCAUAAGUUUCUUUGUCUCUCAGAUGCUGUCGUUGUAAAAAUCCAUGACUCCUGAGAGUCUGAUUUUUUGGCCUUGUGGUUCUAAAAUUCACGUCUAACACCUGCCGAUCACUUCCCCGCCAUCUGGCCUCCCUCAGAAGGCCACAGUCAAUCCUGGUAAGGUAGAGGAGAUUGAUGAGAGCCAGGCCCAGAGCUCCAUGCAGCGGUGCCCCUUGGGUAACCUUUGGGAAGAGACGCUUUGUUUCCAUGGCAGACUGAAUCAGAGGCUGCAGGGCAACAAGCACCAAACACCAAAGGUGGCAUUCGCUGCUUAGAGCUGCCGCCCAACUCUUAGCAGGAGAAACUGUACAGAAAGGACAUUUGAAUUUUCCCUCCGGGGGCAAUGUUUUAAAUCCUGGGUGGACUCUGAGAGAUGGUUUAUCUGUUCAGACUUGUUCACGAGCCUCACUGUGGGACAAGGGAACCCCUGCCUCCAUCCGGCGGCUGGGGGCUUGUGGCUUUCUGCCUGAUGUCAUUUGCUGCCCCACACUAGGCACACGCCUUAGAGUCUGGGGCUCUAAUGGGCCGGCCAAAUCCUCGUGUCUCUGGAGGUGAGGGUGCUGGAGUUGCAGUCAGAUUCAGUGUGUUUUGUAGGCGAGUACUUUAUUCCUUUGACCCAGUUUCCUCACCUAUAAAGUGGUGAUAAAACUGACGGGGUUGUUGAACAGCCCCAAUCACAUAAAGCAUGUAUAAGAGCCCGUUGUAAACGUGAAACAGACAAAGGCAAAUACACGGCUGUUGAUAAUUUGACUGCCUCUCGUUGCAUGCCUCCUUGGCACCAGGCCCUGUGCUUGCUAAGUGCUUUGUGGACAUUCUCUGGUUUAGCCCCCACCUCAGCCCUGGGAAGUAGGAACUUCUGGGCAGGGCAGAAUUUUUUUUUUUAAUUAUUUUUGGCUGCGUUGGGUCUUCAUUGCUGCGUGUGGGUUUUCUCUAGUUGCGGCGAGCGGGGGCUACUCUUCGUUGCGGUGUGCAGGCUGCUAAUUUCGGUGGCUUCUCUUGUUGAAGAGCACAGGCUCUAGGUGCGCGGGCUUCAAUAGUUGUGGCGCAUGGGCUUAGUUGCUUUGCGGCAUGUGGGAUCUUCCCGGACCAGGGAUAGAACCCGUGUCCCCUGCAUUGGCAGGCGGAUUCUUAACCACUGAGCCCCCAGGGAAGUCCCACAGGGCAGAAUUAAUGCUCAGAAAAUUCUCAGUUUCCCCAUGACCACACAGCCAGUAGUGGUCAGCCCGGAUUUGACCUCCAAAAGUCAGUGCUGUUAGCCAGCAUGCUCUGCUCCUCCAGUUCACAGGAUACACUUUAUGCUGUAUGCUGUGGAGGCUUCGGAUGGAGAAAUGGUCAGCCACCUUUAUCCCCAUUGGGCUGCAGCCGUGGGUCUGCCACUGCCAGGAGCUUUCAGGGAGGGGGGAUCACCCAAGAAACAGAAAGCCCACAUGAAGCUUACAGUUCUCUUGGGUGGUUGCUUAAUUCAACAUGCUUUCAUUCAGCAGGUGUUUAUUGACCCACUGUGUGCCACGCUCUCUGCUAGGUCCUAGGGAUUCAGCAGAGGAUCAGACAUAAAGUCUUUGUACUCAAGGAAUUUGCAUUCUAAUAAAGUAGAAGACAUAAUAAGCAAAUGUACUGUGGGAGGUGUUAAUUAAGUGCUUUAAAGAAAAAUAAAGGGCGUGGUGGGUGCAGAUGGGGAGUAGUCCUGGUUUAGAUGAGCUCAGGAAGGCCUCUCUGAAGAGCUACUGUGGAGGGCGGAGGGGCGCACUCAUCCAGAGAUCUGGAGGCAGCGCUUUCCCGGCAGAGGAAACGGCAUGUGCAAAGGUCCUGAAGCUGGAAUGAGCGUUUGAAAACUAGCAAGGAGGUCAGUGUGGCUGGAGUGGCAGAAGCGAGGCAGGGAACAGAGUAGAUGAGAGCAGGUGACGUGACCCAUCCUACAGCCUGGAGGGCAGUGUAAGGUCAAGACUUGGCUUUUAUUUGGAGAGAGAUGGGAAGCCCUGUUGCAUCUGAACAGAGGAGGGUCAUGGUCUGAUUUACUUUUUUUUUUUUUUGAAGUUUUGGUUAUUUUUUUUUCUUUUGGCUGCAUUGGGUCUUCGUUGCUGCACGCGGGCUUUCUCUAGUUGCGGCGAGCGGGAGCUGCUCUUCAUUGCAGUGCGCGGGCUUCUCGUUGCGGAGCACAGGCUCUAGGCACGCGGGCUUCAGUAGUUGUGGUGCCAGGGUUCAGUAGUUGUGGCGCGCAGGCUCAGUAGUCGUGGCACAUGGGCUUAGUUGCUACGCGGCAUGUGGGAUCUUCCCCAAGCAGGGCUCGAACCUGUGUUCCCUGCAUUGUCAGGCGGAUUGUUAACCACUUCGCCACCAGGGAAACCCUGAUUUACAUUUUUGAAGGGCCUCUCUGGCUGCCACGUGGAGAAGAGAUGGGAAGGAGGAAGGGUAGCAGCAGGGCGACCAAUGUGGGGCUGUCACAAGGAUGCAGGCGAGAGAGACAAUGGGGCUUAGGCAAAGGUUAUUGUCUUGGAGGUGGUGGGAAGUGGUCAGAUUCUGCAUGUAUAAAAUCAUUUAAAAAUCUCAGUCUUUUUUAAAGAUAUAAGUCUUUGCAUAGUUUUAAUCAUGCAGUAUUUACAAUUUAAUGUCCUGGUUUUCACUUAAUAGUAUAUCAUGUUUUCCAUGUUGGUACAUGGCCUGAAUAAAUGUUUUUAAUGAUAUAAAAUUCCAUUGAGGGGUGUCCCAUAGCUUAUUGUUGUCCUAUUAUGAGAACUUAGUAUGUUCCCAAUUUUUCACUGCUAUUAUUUGGAAAAUAUUUUUAUUUGUAAGUCUUUUUCUAUAUCUAAAAUUUUCAUUAAGAUAAAUUCCCAGAAGUGGAUUUGUUAGAUAGACUUAAAAAUAAAAACUUUUUUUUGAAAAAAUUCAAAUAUACAUAAAAAUUGUGAGUAAUAAAAUGAACUCUCAGUUUCAACAAUC